UCCUGGAGCAUGGUGGAGAUGGAGGGUCGGAAAGCUGAAGCUAUGUCUCCAGGGGAGGCGACGAAGAGCGGCGCUCGGCCCGCCGACCCGCACGGCCUGCUGAAGCACAGCCGCGAGUUCUUGGACUUUUUCUGGGACAUUGCGAAGCCGCAGCAGGAGACGCGGCUGGAGGCCACGGAGAAGCUGCUGGAGUAUCUGCGCAGCAGACCAGAGGGGUCCGAGAUGAAGUACGCCCUGAAGCGCCUGAUCGCUGGGCUCGGAAUGGGGCGAGAAACCGCCCGGCCCUGCUACAGUCUGGCCUUGGCCCAGCUGUUACAGUCCUUCGAAGACAUCCCUUUGUGCAGCAUCCUGCAGCAGAUACAAGAGAAGCAUGACCUGCAGAAAGUUAAGAAGGCAAUGAUGAGACCGGCUCUUUUUGCAAACCUUUUUGGGGUGCUAGCCCUCUUUCAGUCCGGCAGGCUGGUGAAGGACUCAGAGGCACUGAUGAAGUCCGUGAAGCUACUGCAGGUCCUGGCCCAGCACCACAACCACUUGCAGGAGCAGCCCCAGAAGGCCCUGGUGGACAUCCUCUCUGAGGUUCCGGAGGCCAUGUGGCAGGAGGUCUUGCCAAAGGUUCUCAAGGCCGACUUGAAUUCAGUGCUUGGCUCCCCUGAGCACCUGGAGCUCUUCCUCUUGGCCCAGCAGAAGGUGCCCGCAAAGCUUGAGAAGCUCAUGGGAUCGGUCAACCUAUUCUCAGAUGAGAAUAUCCCCAGACUUGUGACUGUGCUGAAGAUGGCCGCCACCUCUGUGAAGAAGGAACGCAAACUGCCUGCUGUGGCUCUGGACCUGCUCCGCCUAGCACUUCAGGAAAACAAAUUUCCGAAGUUCUGGAAUGAAGUUGUGGAACAAGGGCUACUGAAGAAGCAGUUCUGGCCUGCCAGCUACCUGUGCUUCCGCCUGCUGGGUGCAUCCUUGCCCCUGCUGUCUAAGAAGCAGCUGCAGCUGGUGAUGCGAGGAGACCUGAUCCGACAUUACGGGGAGCACAUGGUCACUGCUAAGUUCCCGAGCCAGUUCAAGUUUGCUCCAGAGAUGAACGAGUAUGUUGGAACCUUCCUGGAAGGCUGCCGGGAUGACCCCGAGAAGCAGUUGGCUGUGGUGGUGGCCUUCACUUCCAUCACCAACCAGGGCCUCCCUGUUGUACCUACCUUCUGGCGGGUCGUGCGGUUCCUGAGUGCCCCCGCUCUCAAGGGCUAUGUGACCUGGCUGCGGGACAUGUUUCUCCAGCCUGACCUGGACUCCUUGGUGGACUUCAGCACUAGCAAUCAGAAGAAAGCCCAGGAUGCUUCGAUCCACGGGCCUGAGCGAGCUGUGUUCCGGCUGCGGAAGUGGAUCAUCCUCCGCCUGGUCAGCAUCGUGGACAGCUUGCACUUGGAGAAGGAGGAGGCCUUGAUCGAGGAGGUGGCCAGGUUUUGCUUCUUUCACUCAUUCUUUGAAACGAAGAAGCCCACAUCCCAGAUCCCGGAAACUGAGCAGCGGUUCUCCUUCCCUGUGGAGGGCCGGGCCCGAGAGGUGGUCAGCAGUGCCUUCUUCAGCCUGCUGCAGACCCUCAGCACACAAUUUAGGCAGGCCUCAGAGCAGAACCAGGACAAGCAGCCCUGGACCUACCGCCUGGUACAGUUUGCAGACAUGCUGUUGAACCACAGCCGCAAUGUGACCCCCCUGACACCCUUCACUACGCAGCAGCGCCAGGCCUGGAACCGGAUGCUACAGACUCUGGAGGAACUAGAGGCUCGCUCCUCAGAGGCCAAGGCGAAGGCCACUGCCUUUCAGCACCUGCUACUCCUGGUGGGCAUCCACCUCUUCAAGUCCCCCACAGAGAGCUGUGACCUCCUAGGUGACAUCCAGACCUGCAUGAAGAAGAGCCUAGGGGAGAAGACCCGCCGGACCCGCUCCAAGGCCACCAACCCCCAGGAGCCACCAUGGGUGGAGGUGCUGGUGGAGAUCCUCCUGGCGCUCCUGGCCCAGCCCAGCCAUCUGAUACGCCAGGUGGCCCGGAGUGUGUUCAGCCACAUCUGCUCCCACCUUACUCCACGUGCCCUGCAGCUAAUCCUGGAUGUGCUGAACCCGGAGCAGAGCCCAGACGAGGACGACAGCGUGGUGAUCACAGACGACUCCGAGAGGCAGCCGGAGGGUGAGGAGGACAAGAGCUCAGAGAGCGAGGGCAAGAACUCAGAGAGCGAGGAGAGCAGUGGGGAGGAGAGCGACGAGGAGGAUCGCGAUGGGGACGUCGACCCCGGCUUCCGGCAGCAGCUGAUGGCCGUGCUGCAGGCAGGGCAGGCGCUGGUGAGCAGAACUCCGGGGCGCCUGUCCCUCCGUGCGUGUGCCCGCGGGCCAGGCUGCUCACUGGCGUCUGUCCCUCAGGGCGGUGUGGACGACGAGGAUGAUGAGGAGCUGGGGGACGAGGCCAUGAUGGCCCUGGACCAGAACCUCGCCAGCCUCUUUGCUGAGCAGAAGCUGCGCAUCCAGGCCCGGAGGGACGAGAAGAACAAGCUACAGAAGGAGAAGGUCCUCCGGCGGGACUUCCAGAUCAGGGUCCUGGACCUGAUUGAGGUGCUGGUGACCAAGCAGCCCGAGAACCCCCUGGUCCUGGAGCUGCUCGAGCCGCUGCUGAAGAUCAUCCGCUGCAGCAUGCGCACCAGCAGCACCAAGCAGGAGCAGGAUCUCCUGCACAAGACGGCCCGCAUCUUCACACAUCACCUGUGCCGUUCCCGGCAUUACUGCCGUGACGUGGGCAACUGCAUGGACACACUGUACACACAGGUGGAGCGGCUGGUGCAGCAGGCUGCUCACCAGGCCGACUCCUCUGUCGCCCUCUACUACUUCAACGCCUCCCUCUAUCUCCUCCGGGUUUUGAAGGGCAACACUGCUGAUAGGUCCAUCUGCAAGACCCAAAAGAAGGCGAAAGCAGGCGCUAAACCCAGCACCAAGCCCAAGGGCGCAGAGGUGGCCCAGGCUACCAGCUGCUUGGAUUUGAACCUUGUGACCCCGAUCUACUCAUCAGCACUGAGCUCCUUCCUGACCAAGCGCAACAGCCCCCUCACAGUUCCCAUGUUCCUCAGCCUUUUCUCUCGGCACCCGAUGCUCUGUAAGAGCCUGCUCCCCAUUGUGGUCCAGCACGUGACAGGCCAAAGGCGGCCUCGCCAUCAGGCCCAGGCCUGCCUGCUGCUCCAGAAGGCCCUGCCCAUUCGAGAGCUGAGACUGUGCUUUGAGGACCCCGAGUGGGAGCAGCUGAUUGGUCAGAUACUGGCAAAGGUCACUGAGAACCUGCGGGCCCUGGGUGAAGCACAGACCAAGUCGGAGCACCUGAAGGAGCGGUCCUCCUUGGAGCUGCUCAACACUCUUUUCCGGAUUAUCAAUCAUGAGAAGCUGACCGUGGACCUGACAGCUGUCCGGGCUGUGCUGCAGAGCCAACAGCAAAACCUGCAGCACAGGGUGCAGCAGGGGGAGCACUCGACUGGGUCCAGCCGCCUCUACGACCUGUAUUGGCAGGCCAUGAAGAUCCUCGGAGUCCAGCGCCCAAAGUCAGAGAAGAAGGAUGCCAAGGAAGUCCUCAGUGCCACGCAGAGCCCCGUUAGCAUGAAACGGAAGAAAAAGGGAUUCUUGCCAGAGACCAAGAAGCGCAAGAAACGCAAGUCAGAGGUGACCACGCAAGAGGAUGCCCAGCCUGCAGCCACUGGUGGGGACCAGCCCCCCAGCACAGGCAAGAAGCGGAAAAGGAAGAGAGCUAAGGUCACAGCCCAGGCCCAGGUGAAUGGGACGCCUCCUGCCAAGAGUCCUGCCACCAAAAGUCAGACCCCAGAACCCCCUGCCAAGACCCCGAAGUUGCAGAAGAAAAGUCAGAAGCUGUCGCAGAUGAAUGGGAUGCCUGCUGCCAAGAGUCCUGCUACCAAGAGUCUGGCCUCAGAGCCCCCUGCCAAGACCCCAAAGCUACAGAAGAAAAGUCAGAAGCUGUCCCAGGUGAAUGGAGUCACUCCUGUGUCCCCCACGGAGCCUGCUAGCGAAAAGCAGUAUCAGAAGGAGCUGCCCCAAAAGGGGGUCUCAGGCAAGUUGCCACAGUCGGCGCUGCCGCAGAAAAAAGCAAGAUUAAGAUUGUCUCUGGCCAGCAGGAGCCCCAGCCUUCUGCAGAGCGGAGCCAAGAAAAAAAGAGCACAGCUGAGGAAGGCGAGAAAGCCCUGAGAGUAGGCCCUGUCCCCCAGCCCCUCCCCGUCAGCCCAAGAGACUCCUAUUUUUGCACCAGGAUUCUAAUAAACAGGCCACUAUGUGGGGUACUACCUUCUGGCACUGAGGGGAGAGGGUCUGCCACUAGCCUACCGGGAGGUCCUCCUGUAGCAAGUGCAACCUGGGCUGUGUGGCCCUGGCUGGGCCCUGCUCUGCUCUCUGGCUGUGCUGUUUCUCAGCUCAGAACACACUGGAAUUGUGUGGGGCUGGGGCCUCGGCUCCUGGUGGUGUGGGCCGGGGCCCGGGCCAGGGCUCGUGCGCAGGCAGGUGAGCACAGGUGCGGUCACUCGUGGUGCCCUCCCCCGCAAGGCUACUUCACUGUAGGAGCCACCGGGGCAUGAUUUAAAUAGGUUUAUUUCUUCAUUUACAAGAGGAAUAUAUUUGGCUUCUCUCUUAAGACUCUGAGAUUCACAAUCAGCAGCUCUAAAAAAUAAAGGAGCAGUUUGGCUUCCGGAAGGAAGAGGAGGCAA